UUCCUUUCAGUUCUGAGUUCUCCACUCUCUGCUUCUUCGUCUUUGGAGAGGAAAGCUGCUGGUUUAAGUUCAAGACUAAAGUGAGAAUGAAACGCUUUUUUCAACCCAUACAGAAAGAUGGAUCCUGCAAGAAACCCAAUCUUUCCGAUUCUGUCAACGAUGGGGAGAAGAAAGAGACACCGGCCGCCGCCGACGACAACCAUAAUAAAGGGGAGCCGACAAAAUUCGUAACAUGGAAUGCCAACAGUUUCCUUCUCCGGGUAAAAAAUGACUGGCCCGAGUUCACCAAAUUCAUUGAAACCCUCGAUCCUGACGUUAUCUGUAUACAAGAGGUGAGAAUGCCUGCUGCUGGGACUAAGAAAGGAUCAAAAAACCAAGGAGAGAUUAAGGAUGAUAGUAACUCAUCACGGGAAGAGAAGCAGAUUAUGAUGCGAGCCCUCUCUAAUCCGCCAUUCAGAAAUUACAAUGUUUGGUGGUCUCUUUCAGAUUCAAAAUAUGCAGGGACUGCGAUGCUUAUUAAGAAAUGUUUUUCACCCAUUAAGGUCUCUUUCUCAUUGGAUCUAAAAGGUUCAAAACAUGAAAUGGAUGGGCGAGUUAUUUUAGCAGAUUUUGGAACAUUUCGUCUGUUGAAUACAUAUUCACCAAAUAACGGUUGGAAAGACGAAGAGAACGCAUUUCAAAGGAGAAGAAAAUGGGACAAAAGGAUGAUAGAGUUUGUUUCCCUAGUUUCUGAUAAGCCCCUUAUUUGGUGUGGUGAUCUCAAUGUAAGUCAUGAAGAUAUUGAUGUGAGUCAUCCUGAAUUCUUCAGCUCUGCAAUGCUAAAUGGCUAUGUUCCACCAAAUAAAGAGGAUUGCGGUCAGCCAGGAUUUACCUUAUCCGAGAGGAAGCGCUUUGGUUCUUUACUAAAGGAGGGAAAGCUUAUUGAUGCAUAUAGAUACCUGCACAAAGAGAAAGACAUGGACUGUGGAUUCUCGUGGUCAGGAAAUCCAAUUGGAAAAUAUCGUGCAAAGAGAAUGAGAAUAGAUUAUUUCACAGUCUCGGAGAAACUCAAAGAUAGAAUAGUUUCUUGUGAGAUGCACGGACAGGGAGUUGACUUGAAAGGUUUCUAUGGUAGUGACCAUUGCCCAGUAUCCCUCGAGCUUUCACAAAUCAAACCCGAACCUGCUUCCGAAGAAGCUAAGUUUCUCGAAAACUAACUUGGCUAGUUCAUUCUUAGCAAAAACAAUCCAAACCCGAAUCUCCUUUUUAGAUUUUAAUUUUUGCAGUGAAGGAAUAGUUGUAUUAGAGAUUUGGAUUUGUGAAGUAUUUAAUUUAUGUGAUGUAUUUUGUUAUUAUUGGCUGCAGUUGUUUCUGUAUCUUCUUGGGAAAUUGAAGUCCACAAAAUGUUUUUUUUU